AUGAAAGAGUCGGAAACCAUCAAGGGAUAUUUUGAUAGGCUUAUGAACAUAGCAAACAGAGUAAGAUUACCUGGUUCUGAGUUUAAAGACUCUCAUAUAGUUGAAAAAAUUCUGGUUACUGUACCUGAAAGAUUUGUAGCCACCAUAACUACUUUGAAAAACACAAAGGAUCAGUCCAAAAUUACUUUGGAAGAAUUACUGAAUUCCUUGAUGGCACAAGAACAAAGAAGGGUUAUGAGAGAAGAUGGAAUUAGAGAGGGUGCAUUGCCAACCGAACAUGAAGAUAGCAGAAUAUACAAAAAGAUAAACAAUAAGAAGAACCAUCCAACAAAUGGAGAAGGAGCAGCGCACAACAACAACAAAAGAAAAGCAAGUAGUUCCAAAGGAAACUACCCUCCUUGUAAGCAUUGUGGAAAGAAUGGACAUGCGUCGUAA